UGGAUCACGUGAUGCAGUAUUAGCUCGUUGACUCUGCUAUGUUUGUCGUUUGUGUUAACGUUUAAGAAAUGCUAAAUUUUUCGCUUGUAGUGGGUUCUUGUCAUGUUAGGAUGCCCUGCAGCUCUCUGGAGACCCGCUUUUAUCGACACUGGCUGAGGAGUUUGACGGUAAAAACGCCCGCUGUUGGCCUACUCAUCACGUGACCAGCAUGCGGCUGAGCGUUUGAUAAAAGAUGGCGUGAGCGCGCGGCGGAGCGGAGAGGACAACACAUCUGAAAUACGGAGCACCGCCGACCGAGACACAUCGCGGUUGUUAAACUGCCAGAUGGAUCCGGGACAGGAUUUGCUUCUUGCCGCCCUCAGUGAGAGUGGCAUUUGCCCAAAUGACAUCGGUUUGUUUGAUGCGGAAUCUCAGGAUGUUGCACAAGCCUCUUCAACACAGCAAUCUAUCUCCAUCAAUUCCCUGGAUGUUGGCAUGGCGACAGAGUCAGUGGAAGUUGUUCGGGCUGAGCCUCCAGCUCCAGUCCCAAUAGUUACUAUCAGGCACAAACCUCAGCCAUCAACCACCACGUUUGUCUUAAAUCAGCUGAAUCAGUUGCCAUCACUUGGUGGUGUUGUGACCAAACCAUCAGCUACAAACAACAUCAAACACACCAUAACUGUCACCAAGGUGGUUCAUGUCACUAACUCAGCCCUGCGUGGUUCACCCAUCCCCUCCACCACAAGCAUCCCCCCUUCGGUGUCCACAGUUGUGCCUUCUAACAGAGAUCAGCAGAUUCAGCUAAAAGAUCUUCUAAGGACUAGCAGUGUAAAGAGCACAGGCCUAAAAGGCAACAGCCUGAUGGAGCUUAUGAAGCUAAAGCCUCCACCUGACAUUGCCACACCUGUGGCCACAGCAGCCGCAACAGCAGAAACCAACAAUGGCUUCAAGAGGGAAGUUUUGGGUAAAGAUGCUGCCAGGAUCUGGAUAAAUGACAACAUUAAAAUGCAAAACUUCACACAUUCACUGAAACCUCCAGGAAUAAAAGAGGAGGAAGAGCCUGAGGAGGAAGAAGAGGAAGAGUUGGGUCAUGCAGAGACUUAUGCAGAGUACAUGCCAAUGAAAUUAAAAGUUGGCCUGCGGCAUCCAGACCCUGUUGUGGAGACCAGUUCCCUGUCUAGUGUUAGCCCCCCUGAUGUGUGGUACAGGCUGUCCAUCCCAGAAGAAGCCAUCGAUCGAGGCUGCCUGUCUGCACUGCAGCUGGAAGCCAUCACGUAUUCAGCUCAGCAACACGAGACGUUCCUCCCCAGUGGCGACCGUGCUGCCUAUCUGAUCGGUGAUGGAGCCGGUGUGGGAAAAGGCCGAACCAUUGCAGGGAUAAUCUAUGAGAACUACCUUUUAGGCAGGAAGAGAUCACUUUGGUUUAGUGUCUCAAAUGACCUGAAGUACGAUGCUGAGAGGGAUUUAAGGGAUAUUGGAGCCAAAAACAUCCAGGUUCACUCGCUCAACAAGUUCAAAUACGGCAAAAUUUCCUCCAAACACAAUGGGAGUGUGAAGAAAGGAGUCAUAUUUGCCACCUACUCUUCGCUGAUUGGUGAGAGCCAAUCAGAAGGAAAGUAUAAGACCCGGUUUCAGCAGCUUCUUCACUGGUGUGGAGAGGACUUUGACGGAGUUAUUGUCUUUGAUGAAUGUCACAAAGCCAAAAAUGUUUGUCCAGUCGGAUCAUCCAAACCUACAAAAACUGGGCUCGCUGUGUUGGAACUGCAGAACAAACUCCCAAAGGCUCGAGUUGUUUAUGCAAGUGCUACAGGUGCCUCUGAACCGCGAAAUAUGGCUUAUAUGAACCGCCUGGGUAUCUGGGGACACAAAACACCCUUUAGAGAGUUUGGCAACUUCAUUCAAGCUGUUGAGCGCAGAGGCGUGGGUGCCAUGGAAAUAGUGGCUAUGGACAUGAAACUGAGGGGGAUGUACAUUGCAAGGCAGUUGAGUUUCACAGGUGUCACCUUUAAGAUCGAGGAGGUUCCCCUGAGUAACAAAUACAUCAACAUGUACAACAAGUCAGUGCGACUGUGGGUGACAGCACGUGAGAAGUUCCAGCAGGCUGCAAACCUGAUGGAGGCAGAGCAACGCAUGAAGAAGUCGAUGUGGGGCCAGUUCUGGUCCGCUCACCAGAGGUUCUUUAAGUACCUCUGCAUCGCAUCCAAAGUCCACCGAGUAGUCCAGUUGGCCAGAGAGGAGGUCCAGAAUGGAAAGUGUGUCGUCAUCGGUCUUCAGUCCACUGGAGAGGCGAGAACUCUCGAGGCCUUGGAAGAAGGAGGAGGCGAGCUCAAUGACUUUGUGUCAACAGCAAAAGGUGUGCUGCAGUCUCUGAUUGAGAAGCACUUUCCAGCUCCUGACAGACAGAAGCUUUAUAGCCUGCUGGGUAUCGACCUCUCAGCCAAGAAAACUCCCUCUCCCAGUGAGACUGCAGCAAAACCAGAGCCGAAGGGCAAGAAGAGGAAAGGUCCAGAGGUGAAAAAGCAGCCGAAGAAGAAGCAGCGUAAGCAUGGAGGUUUAUCAGGAUCCAGCUCGGACGAGAGCCAGUCAGAGGAAUCGGACAGAGAUUCAGGGAAAGACUGCGACAGUGACGACAGCUUCAAAUCUGUCAGCUCAGGGGACGAGGACGAUGACUUCAACCCAUUCAGAGAUGAGUCCAAUGAUGACGAGGAAGAUGAUCCAUGGCUCAUCAGAAAAGAACCAAAGAAAGGGAAAGAAAAGAAGAAGAAAAAGAGGAGGAAGAGUAUCGAUCCAGACUCCAUUCAAAGUGCCUUGUUAGCUUCAGGGCUGGGCUCCACCAGGCCUGCGUUUUCUGCCCAGGUUAACCCCCCCAGCACACCUGCAACAGUCAAAGCGGAGAGUCAGGACAGCUGCGUAACAAGUCAAGACGCAGUGGAGCACGCCCAGCAAAUGAAGAGAAACUUGCUGGAAAAGCUGGAGGAGCUGGCUGAGGAUCUGCCUCCCAACACUUUGGACGAGCUCAUUGAUGAGCUGGGGGGACCAGAAAAUGUGGCUGAGAUGACUGGCCGUAAAGGUCGUGUGGUCAGUAACGAUGACGGCAGCAUCACCUAUGAAUCCCGCUCUGAGCUGGAUGUACCAGUGGAAAUCCUCAACCUCACAGAGAAGCAGAGAUUCAUGGAUGGAGAGAAGAACAUUGCCAUCAUCUCGGAAGCUGCCAGCUCAGGUAUUUCCCUGCAGGCUGAUCGUCGGGUGAAGAACCAGCGGCGGAGAGUCCACAUGACACUGGAGCUGCCAUGGAGUGCAGACAGAGCCAUACAGCAGUUUGGGAGAACUCAUCGGUCAAACCAGGUCACAGCUCCAGAAUACGUUUUCCUCAUUUCAGAGCUUGCAGGAGAGCAGAGAUUUGCGUCCAUCGUUGCCAAAAGAUUAGAAAGCUUGGGUGCUCUAACACAUGGAGACAGAAGAGCAACAGAAACCAGAGAUCUCAGCAGGUUUAAUUUUGACAACAAGUACGGUAGAAGCGCUUUGGAAAUUGUGAUGAAGUCCAUUGUAAAGCUUGAUUCUCCAUUAGUGUCUCCACCUGCUGACUUCAAAGGAGAUUUCUUCAAAGAAAUUCAGGGUGGAUUGAUAGGUGUGGGACUCAUAAACAUCGAGGACAGAUCUGGAGCAUUAUCACUGGACAAAGACUACAACAACAUUGGAAAGUUCCUGAACCGUAUUUUGGGCAUGGAAGUCCAGCAGCAGAAUGCUUUGUUCCAGUACUUCUCUGACACUCUGGGAGCCGUUAUACAGGAGGCCAAGAAGAACGGCAGAUAUGACAUGGGCAUUCUCGAUCUGGGCUCCGGGGAUGAAAAGGUGAAGAAAGUGGACUGCAGGAAAUUCCUCACACCAGGCUACACUACAUCAGGACAUGUGGAGCUCUACACGGUGAGUGUGGAGAGGGGGAUGUCAUGGGAGGAAGCGACGCACGUAUGGGCAGAGCAGAACGGACCAGAUGACGGCUUCUAUGUACAGAUGAGGAACAACAAGAAAACGGCCAUCCUGGUCAAAGAGGUGAACACUAAGAAGAGGCUCUUCCUGGUCUACAGGCCAAAUACGGGUAAACAGCUCAAACUGGAGACCUACAGCGACAUCAAGAAGAAAUUUAAAAAGGUCUUGUCAGAGGAUGCCAAGCAGCACUGGACAGAUCAGUACAUGUCUUCUGCUAAAAUCUGUUCUCAUGCAUACUGGCGUGGGAACUGUAAGAAAGCCUCAGUGGGUCUACAGUGUGAGAUUGGUCUUCGGUGCAGGACGUUUUACGUUCUGUGCGGCUCGGUGCUCAGUGUGUGGAACGAGGUGGAAGGCGUCCUCACGCCAGUCAGUGGAACCAAUGUGAAGGUGCAGAUAGUCCGGCUCAGAACAGAAGAUGGACAGAGGAUAGUCGGACUGAUCAUUCCAGCCAACUGUGUGUCUCCGUUAAUCAACAAGCUGUCAACGUCAGACCAGUCCCAGCAGCUCGCUGUGCAGGAGCAGCAAAAACGGCAGCAGCUCCAUCCCCAGAGUCUCAGUCAUGCACCCAACACAUAGUCCAAGGUGGACCAGUCCCAUCUCCAACUCCCCUUGAGUCCACGUCCCAGUCUGAAGGGAUCUGACUCAUCAGUCUCUGUCUCUGCACUGCAGGCUCCAGAACUACUGUCCCUGUUCUGCACCCUCAUGCACCCUCACCACCACCAACUCCCGAUGUCUCUGAGGGCCCGAGCUGUCCCACUGAACCGUGGCGACGCUUGGAUGUGAAGCAGUGGUUUGUACAGAGAAAAGAUUUCAGGGUUUUUUUCUUCUUUGUUUUUUUUAAUCUCCAGAGACUCCUUUCAUCUCAAGAGAUUUGACAGGUGAUGUUUUGUCCUCUGACAUUCAGAGUGAAAAGUUUGUGAUAUAUUGAUGGAGUCAGAACAUAGAGGGCAUGUUGGCUUGUGGCUGUUGAAUCAUCCACUCCUCCUCUACUUAAAGCUGAUUGGUUCAGACUAACUGGUAUGAAGCAAAUGCUUUUUUUUCUUUUCCAUAAGAAAAUCUACCUUAAUUAACUCAAAAUGGGCAUUUAAUGUUAAACUACAAUUGCAUAUUUAAAUGUAUAAUAGAAACCAUCACUCCUCAGACAUUCAGCACUAAUGUUUAGAAGCAUUUGUUUAGUUGACGUAGAAGAAAAUGCAGAAAAAGUCCAGGAAUCAAACUGUCUGAUUCUCUGUUGUAUCAGCUCUUUUCUUUCCAGGAUCCACCUGCAUCGUAUUCUCUGACCAGCCUUUGUUUGUUUCUGCUUUGUCCUUUUUUUCUCAAACUAAAUCAAAGCUCCAUGGUUUGUUUUGUAGAAAAAGUCAGUUUCUUUCUUUAUUGAGUGUGUUUACAUGGACUUGGGUAUUGUGGUUAUGAGUGUGAUACUGUGUUAACAUGCCCACAGAGACACCAGGAUUUUCUUAUCCCUGCAGACAUUAGAAAUACUAGUAUCUUUGUUUUUGAUUACUGCAUUGUAUCUGAACAGGUGUCUGUGAUGCUGAAAUUCUUUUUAAUCUGAGAAAAAUGAGGCUACUGUGAAUUAUUUUGGGCUUACCACUAAUAAAAGCCGACAUCACAUUUAAGAUAAAGUAGAUAGUUUAUUCUGUCUCCAGAAUAAACUACACUCGCGUUUUAUUAGUGACUGAAACUAUUAAACCGUUGACUUUACCAAACAUAUGAAAUGAGCACAUUUAGACACAUUUUAACACCGCUGCAGCUCAGACACAGCAGCCUACUGUAGCUCUCUUUCUCUCUGGACAGAAGCAGACCAGCUGUGUCUGCGCCACACGUCCAACAUAGUAUCUAUCGAGUAUCUAAAUAGUUUAAUCAAAGGUGCGCCUGUGCAGGUUGUCUGCUCUGUAGCUCGAUUUCUUUCAGAGUCCUCAAGGUAGCAAAACUGGGUUUCUCAAAACCGGGGUACUAAAACAUCCCGUUUUCUGAUAACAUGCACAAACAGAAACUGGGAUACUCAAGUCCAUGUAAACACGGUCAUUGUUGGUUGUUUUUCGACAGCCGUUGGGCACAAAUGUACAGGGUUUUUGCAGUUAUUUCAGCUGGUAUCACAGGUUAAAUAUUUCAUCAUCUAAAAUAAAAAAAGAAAAUCCAGAAUUGGCACGAAAUCAACCUGUCAUGAUGACAAAGACAGGUUUUUUCUGGUCUUUAUUUCUGUUUAUCAGAGAGGCAGUUGGAAAAUGGGGUUGUCUCAGUGCACAUUUGUUGACCUGAUUGUUUAUUUAAACCUUUAAAAAAAAAAAGCACUAUUGAGAAUAUCAGAUUGGCAAAUGAUUUUGUUUUUUUGUUACAAUUUAUUUUUUCAGUGCGUGACAAUAAAAAUUGCCUGAAACCAUAAAAAUGGCAGCAAUAAUUGGCUGAAUAUUUGGCUAACGCCCUAUGAAAAAAAAAUUUGGUGGGGAGGAUUUCAUACUAGGAAAUGGUAAGAGACGGGUGUCAUUUUCUAUAUUGUCCUUUAACUCUUUUGAAGCCCUGUUAAGACCUGUCCUCCUGAACCCAAGUUUAGAUAAAUCAGUUGUGAGCACAGGAAAAGUCAAAGGCUAGAAAUAAACAUUAGUAUCAACUAAAACUAAAAUGAAUGAUGAAUGACUGAGGAAGUGUGAUGACCACCAUCUUUGUAAUUUUUCAGACAGCUUUCAGAGCUCUGCUCAGAUGUACAUUUUUUUGUUUUAUUUUGUAUAAUUUUUAGAACAACACUGCUCAGGGGUUAAACUGACACAGAGACCCUCUUAAGUAUCUGAAAUGCAUGACCAUAACUCAAACUCUCCUCCUAUACCUCCUUACUCAGUGAUGUUACUCUGUGGCUGUGGUUAGCUGUGAUGCAAACAUGUCUCUCUGAUCCCUCUGCUGUCUUGAGCCCAGCUGUAAUUAAAAAGGAUGAUUGCUUCUGUUUAAAAAGUGUACUUUCCUGUUCUCAGUCGUUUGCUAGAUCAGGGGACAGAGUGAAGGAAAGUGAGCGUGUAGUCCCUUAAGCUCAGAUUUCAGAUUUGGAUGUAUGUUCAAAUACAUUGCUGACCUGUGGAUUAGCUCGUGCUAAGAUGUGUUCACCCUCCUCUGUAUGCGAGUCUUCAAAAACAGGUGCCGUCUUUGUACCAUAUCAUUUUUACACUUUGUAAAGCUUAAAUUCUUCUUACAGCACAUGUCAUUGUCUCCAAAAACCUCUGCAUUCUGGUCACAUCUUUUACGUUGAAUAACCACCAUUUUACUAUGGCAACUUCCUGUUUUUAUUUUGUCAUGAUGUGGUUUAAUUGCAUUUGAGUGCAAGAGACUGGCUCUACCCUGAAGUUAGAACACUUGAAAGACUUUUGUUUCCCUCACAUUACUGCACGAGUUGCACUACUGACAAAGAGUUGUACAAAAAUUCAACAGGAUCUGUAAAUAAAUGAGUGUAAUGCUCAAUAAAGCUUGUUAUACUUCUA